AUGACGACUCGAACGAUGACUGACUACCAGAUCACCGACUCAACCAGCUCCGACAACGGCUUUAUCAUGGGCUUCUUCGCCUUCUCUCGCCGAGAAUCGAGCCCCAGGGCAUCCGACACCUCCUCGGAGCUCCACCUGCCCUUUUGGAGCACAUCGGAGAACCGAUCCGCUUUCAGCGGCAGGGCUAUUUGGUGGCCGCGCUCGAACAAAGAGCACGGAAGGCAGUCCUUGACCUGCUCCGACGAUGUGGAAUCCCCACUAGGACUACAAGAUCUGUGUCUGGUAGAUCGAUGCGAACUAACCCAAAUUGCUGCUGUGAUCUUUCCACGAGUAGAAAAGCUUAAAUUCCAUGGUGGCAGGAGAUUUCAAGAGAUGGGAAAUGAAGCUCCUCAUGAAGAAGUAAAUGAGAUUUAUAAUCUGCCCACGAGCAAAGACAUGCAUAUGGCUGAUGAGUACUACGAUCAGGUACAACUUGAAAUCUACUUGUACAAAAUUAGUAAAAGAGACCCAGGAGUAGGAAGGUUCCGAGACAGGGAAAGGGAGAGAAAUAAAGAAAGAGAGGUAAGGGGCAAAGAUGGGGACAGGUGUAGAGAAGGCACUAGAGACGAAACUGGUUUUGGAGAUGUUUGA